GUCAAAUUGAAGAAAUCAAUGAAGGGUGCGCUUGUCUUUGCAGUUUGCAUGGUCUUUGCUGAAUUUCCGAUAGAUAAUUUCGCCGGUCUCCGUCCAGUUUCUAAAUAUUUUACAUAAAGUAUAAUUCAAGAAAGCUAACGAGAUGGCUGUUCAAGCAAUUUUAAUGGAUUUCUCAAUGGAUCCUGCCCGCUUGGCCGACGAGAACGGUCAGAAAGCUGUAUUUACACAAUUAGAAACAGUGCUCAAGGAUUAUGUGCCUAAUCUCAUCUUGGCCACCGAUAUGAAGCUGGACGGUGGUUCUUUGAAGCUGCUGACGGGGAAGAGAGGAACAACUGUGUUCGUCAGACUGUUCGACCGCGGUCUCGUGACUGUGAAUAUUGAAUAUUAUAAAGAAGACAACGAGGAGCCAUUAAUCAGCUUCAAGUGUUCAAAGCUACUGGAAAGUUCUGUGAGAAUGUCCUUGGAGUGUGACCGACUAAAACUAUUACCAACAAUAAAACGUGGCUAUAAAUAUGAUGUUUACCUAACAAGCUCAGAUGAAAGGCUGCUGGAAUACGACAUCGACGGUAUAUUGUUCGACGAACAGUCGUCGUUCCAGAAGGUGCAAGUGGUGCAUUCCAAAUCCUUCGGGAACAUGCUGGUGCUAGAUGAUUUACAAAAUAUUUCAGAGGCUGACCUUAUUUACACAGAAACUUUGAUGCAAAGGGGGAAGGAAAGUUAUGAAGGGAAAGAAAUUGUUAUCCUAGGUGGUGGCGACGGUGCGUUACUAUACGAACUCCUGAAGGAGAACCCUAAAUACGUGUGGAUGCUGGAGAUAGACGAGCUGGUGAUGAAGGCGUGCAAUAAACACCUCAAGUCCAUCUGCGGAGAUGUUCUGGAGAGGAGAAAGGGUCCUAACUUUGAGAUAAUCGUCGAAGACUGCAUGUUAACAGUAAAAAAGUUCACCAAUGAGAAGCGUAAAGUAGACUACGUGUUUGGUGACCUCACUGACAUCCCCAUAUCCGACGCGGGCUGCAGCGAGCUGUGGGAGUUCAUGAUCAACAUCAUGCGGGCGGCCUUCGACAUACUCAAGCCCACCGGCAAGUUCAUGACGCACGGUAACGGCGCGACAUCCCCAGAGUCCCUCGAGUUGUACGAGCAAGUACUGGUGAAAAUGAACCCCCCACUUACCUUCAGCAAGUCCAAGGCCUUUGUGCCUUCGUUUCUGGAGGACUGGAUCUUCUACCAAAUAGCCUUCAAACCGGACCACGAGUAGUGUUAGACCAAAGAUUAGUUCCUUCGACAGAUUAAUAAAUUUCAGAUCGAUCUGAAAAAUUCAGAUACUGAUAAAUCAGCAUUUAUGAGUGUAGUACACAAAACUAUGCAAUUCUUCAUUCUAGUUUCAAACGGUGUAUUAGGAGGUGUGCGUACCCCGAUCCCUUGAUCUUAGGUCAUGGUAAACCGAUUAUAGAACUCUUCCUGGCUUUUUUUUCAGAUCGAUCUGAAAAAAUUAGUAUAACUCCCACUUACUUUCAGCAAAUGCAAAGCAUUUGUGCCGUCUUUCGUUGAGGACUGGAUAAUAGCCUUCAUACUGGACCACUACAACGAAUAGCGUUAAACCAAAGAGAUAGUUCCUGAGCUGACUACUUAAAAAUUCUUGUUUGGAAUGUCCAAAAUACGGACUAUUUAUUAUAAAUUGCCCUGUAGCCAUCAUGUUGGCACCAUUGCUUCGACAGGUAUAUUCGCUUUAUUCCUUGGAACUUAGGAUUUAUUAUUGUAUAAACUGCAAUUGUGCCAACAUGACAAGUUAUAAUGAAUGGUCUGUAAUGAUGGUUUUUUUCAUACAAAGUAAAUUGACGUUUCUUACAUAGAGAUAUUCAUUCUACACAGGUCUCGAAACUUUUAAAAACCUUAUAAAACAUUUCCUGCAGAAAAGAUUUGCUCUACUAAUGAAUCCACACCAAUUGGCCGAACCUCUUGUGGCGCUGAGAUUAGUUUUGCCUGUGGAUCCCCACUGUGCUGUCAAUUAAAUAAAGAGAUUAAUUUUGUGAAGGCACCAUUAUCAAUGCGUUUCAGGAAUUGAGAGAAUAGUUGAUCUGCAUAUUAACUAGAAACCUAUUACUAUUAAUAUUAUUGUUUUAUAUUCCCAAUGGCUUCUGAUGUUUUUAUCUAAACUAAAUUUAGAGUAGGUACCUAUCUGCAUCUUUCCUUUUUAAUAUUGCUAAAAAAGGACACACAAUAGGCUUACAACUACUGGCACUUAGUUACGAGGUUUGACACUUCUAAAUUAAAUUAGGUUUGUCUGACCUUUUCUUAUUAUAUUGGUAAGAAAAAGAUGUGAAUACUCUAAAAAUUAGUUGCGCCCUGAAUCAGUACCAAUGUAUCCUAUUUUGUUAAUUAUUAUUAUUGUUUAAAAAUCACAUUAGUGUUAAGCGAAGUGAUCAGUACAACGUUAGUAUUAUAAGACGGGUAUUUAUUGAUAUAAGAAUUCCAAAAAGUCAAUUCAAUUACCAAAGGAUUACAAAGUAGAUUACAUCUUAAAAACUUGUUUCGUGAAAUAAAUUGGACUUAAAACUUCUUGUUUUAAAGUCGUUUAUUCUGUGCUACCCAUUAUUUAUGCUAUCUGUUGAUGUAAAGCGAUGAUCGAUAUGGAUUUUGUGAAACUGCAAAACUCGUUCUAUGGGUGUUUAUGAAAAAAUUACCGAAAUUCUGCGCACAUAUUAUACAGUGAUUCUGUUACAGUCAUUCUCGCCAAAUAAGUUGAAUCUCGUCAAAACAGUAUAGGAUAUUGAAUAAAGUGAUAGAACGGCUAUUCCGAACAAGCUGUCAAAUCAAUCAGACAGUGGCCAUCAAGGCCA